AUGAAAGACAAGGUGAAACAGCUCAACAUGAUGUCGACCAUCUACGGCUGUGCGACUGUUACCAUCAUGGCACUGACAGGCGAGCAUGCGAACGCUGGCCUACCCGGCAUAUCCGUUGCACGUUUGACUCAAGUAAAGGAGAAUAUCAAUAAUUGCACUCUCUCCACUAUCCCACAACACUUCGCCCUGGAGGAACAGGCGGCUAUAUGGUCGCGUCGUGCUUGGACGCUACAAGAAGGUAUGCUGUCUAGACGAUCGCUAGUGUUCACUCAAAGUCAGGUAGCAUUCGUAUGUCUCUGUGGUCGGAUUGAAGAAGGAUUGGACGUUGCGACUGUUCCCAGCAUUUCUCUUGGAACCCAUCCCCUCGAGUCCACGAUUCAAACGCUAUACGCGCCUAAUCCUAUCUCGAAAGUCCAACAAUUUUAUGGAGAUUCCGAGGUAUGCAUGGAUUUCUACAGUGGCCUGUUAAGGACCUACACAAGACGUCACAUGACCAACGAAAGCGACUCUCUCAACGCCUUCCGAGGCAUGCUCACAUUCUUAAAGCGGCAGCUAUUUCCAGAAGGCUUCGUGCAUGGCCUUCCCCUGCGGAGUCACGCCUUUUCCUUGGCUUGGAUGCACUCGAGGAAGGCCACCCCAAAACGUCGAGCAGAGUUCCCGAGUUGGAGUUGGACAGGAUGGGAAGGGGAAGUCGUUUUUCCAGAAAAGUUGUUGAAAACUGCCAACGGUAGUCUCGCCCUCACCUGCGACAUCGAUCUCAAACUGCACUUCCUAGCUUCUCACGAGAAUGAGAUCGUGGUUGAGGGCUGGGUAGUUGAUCUCGACAUUCGUACAGAACCAUUCAGCGAGUUAUCAAUCCUGGACAGGACGACUCCAUCGGGACUGUUAAGGAAGGACAGUCCAGACACAACAACACCUUGA